AUGUCACACGGCAGCUCUUCCACUCCUCCAAUAGCCUACCACAAGCUUCCUCCACUCCUCCCUCUUCCUACUCUUCCAGGACCCGAUCCAUCUCGAAAACUUGAUUUCAAAGAUUACUUGGAACUUUUGAAAGUUCCAGGAUAUCAGUUUGAUGAGGUGGAUCAAUCAAAUGAAGUUAUGAAGAAAGUGGUACUCAGUGAAAUUGAGAAACGUCCAGAAGUUUGGAGUUCAAGGAAAGGAAGCUCGAUUCAGAAGACAUUUCCGAUGAUAGCAGUUGCCACGUUUAAGAGAACAGGUGUCUUAUUGUCGGUUCCAUCAAUCAAAUCAAUCUACAAAUGUGCCAAAGACAACCUUCGAAACCGUCUCCGAAUCGCCAUAUGCCGCCAUAAACUCUCUCCUGAAGCCGUCGAAAAAUACAUGUGGAGAUGGGAUUUCUAUGGAUUCAUUCGAUUCUAUCGGGAACAUACUCAACACUGGGAAGCCGAAUUGUAUAAAGAAAUGGCUGGGGGUAAUACUGGAUACGUGGAGGAGGAGCCGAAGAGAAAGCAACAGAAGUUCGAUCCAGAAGAAAUUGAUUUUGGGAUUACUGUAGAGGAGGAGCCAUACGAAGAUUUCGAUUUGAUUUAUGAUGAAAAACCUCUCGUUGAACAGAGCCCCUACCCGCAGGAUCAUUCUGAUCUGAUGUCCUACUUCCAAUCCGGAUUGCAAUCCGCCAACACGAGUAACUUCUUGGAGAAGAUCAAUUCAGCUGCCAGUACAAGUCAAAAAGAAACAAACAAUGGAAUGAGUGGAACUGAUUGUGAUAGUUCUUCGACAGUGAUUCCUCCGUCAGCAUUGAACGACUUCUCGGAAGAAUUAAAACAAAUUGCGUAUCAAGCCAAUCGAAUAGCCAGAGAGCAGCCAGAAUCCAUCAAGAUUCUUCGUCGAACUCUUUUUGAUGUCGUACUUGCUUUCGACGAUAAGAAAUACAAAAGUGCUGGCGAGUUGUACAGAGAGUUGGCUGAGAAGAACCCGAGAUGA